AUGGGGAGAUGUAAAGACAGCUCAGAAGAUGAGAAAGACAAUGUCAACCUGCUGCAGUGUGUUGUGUCACACAAUGUCCUCAGUAAUAACUCAUUGCAGCCUUUGCUUCAGGACCAUCAUCUAACAACAGCUCAACCAGCAUUGAACAAUAAACCAACAGAGAUUUUUGUUGGAAUAGUAAAUUUUUUAAACUGUAUGAAACUCUACAGGUAUUUUUCAGCAGGAAAACAAGUUAUUGAAGCACCACAUGAAAUUUUCCUUUCAAUAGCAAAAAAAAGUUAUGCGUCCAUAGCAACAACGCCAAAGAUGAAUGUUCUAGCAGAGGCACUGAUUCUAAACGAAAUUUCCAACACCCCCACCCCACUAGGUGAGACACCUCUCAGUACUUUAGCUCCAUAG